UGCGGGAUAAAUCUGUGCUAUCCGCGGGAUGCAGCCCUCCUCCUGCUGCUGCUCCUCUUCCUCCUCCUCCAUCAUCAUCAUCAUCAGCAGCAGCAGCAGCAUCAGCACCAGAGGGCCGAUGGGCCGAGCAGGACGGCCGGGAUUCAACCACCGAGCAGGCUGCACCGAGGCUCCCUCCCUUUAACCUCCAGAUGUUCCCAGAUGUUUGCUGAUCCGAGCGGACCGAACCUGGAGCGGCCAUGAUGGGAAGCAGCCGGAGGAGGAGGGCCUUUCAGGAAGCCAUGGCAUGUGAAUCUACAGCAUCGUCUGCAGACCCGGACCGUUCUGAGAUUUAGAUGAUCCAACAUGUCCGACGGGUUUUAACUACAAACUGACGUUUCCGAGCCGACAGCCGAGAUGAUUGUCGGUCCAAACAUCCUGAUUGUUUUCUUCUCCUUCUGAUUGUCUGAUUGUUUGAGAUCAAGCAGCAGCAACGAUUGUCUCUCAUCUUCAGGCCUGAGUGGAAAAUAAAAACUGUGACUGGAUUAGAUUUAUUCUGGAUUAAGAUGAUAAACCACGUGCCUCCCGGUCUGAGCUCGGACACCACGGAGAAGGCCCGGAUGGAGCUGAACGAAAACCCGGACACUCUGCACCAGGACAUCAAGCAGGUACGGGACAUGAUCGUGACGCGGCCGGACAUCGGCUUCCUGCGAACAGACGACGAGUUCAUCCUGCGCUUCCUCAGAGCCAGGAAGUUCGACCAUGUGGAGACGUUCCGCCUGCUGGCCCAGUACUUCCAGUUCCGCCAGCAGAACCUGGACAUGUUCCAGAGCUUCAAGGUGGACGACCCCAGCAUCAAGCGGGCCCUGAUGGACGGGUUCCCCGGCGUGUUGGAGGCUCCGGACCAACAUGGCAGGAAGAUCCUCAUCCUGUUCGCUUCCAACUGGGACCAGAGCCGGAACUCCUUCAUCGACAUCCUGCGGGCCAUCCUGCUCUCCCUGGAGGUUCUGAUAGAAAACCCGGAGCUGCAGAUCAACGGCUUCACGCUCAUCAUCGACUGGAGCAACUUCUCCUUCAAGCAGGCGUCCAAACUGACGCCCAACAUCCUGAAGCUGGCCAUCGAGGGCCUGCAGGACAGCUUCCCGGCCCGGUUCGGAGGGAUCCACUUCGUGAACCAGCCCUGGUACAUCCACGCCAUGUACACCAUCAUCAAGCCCUUCCUCAAGGACAAGACCCGGAAAAGGAUCUUCCUCCAUGGGAACAACCUGAACUCUCUCCACCAGCUCAUCCAGCCUGAGUGUUUGCCGUCCGAGUUCGGCGGGACGCUGCCGCCGUACGAUAUGGGGAUGUGGGCGCGGACGCUGCUGGGACCCGACUACAACGACGAGACCGAGUACACGCUGACGUACGACGCGCUGCACGUCAGGGAGAGCUGCGGCGGCGGCGGCGGCGGAGAAAAGGACAUGAUGAAGAGGUCUCAGUCGACGGUGGAAGCCGCGGCGCUGCGGCAGAUGGACAGAGAGACGAGCACGCCGCUGCUGGCUCUGGACUGACCUGGAGCUCUGAUUUAAACCGGUUUAAAUCCAGAGGUCUGGAUUUGGGUCGGUUCGCUGCCUGAACUUCUUCAGCACCAGAACUCCCAUUAACCUGGAGCCUCCACCAACUGGUCUGAACUCUUCAGUGUUUCUGUUGGGAAUGUGGAACCUCAGGAUGAGAUCAGAGUUUAAUUAUCCGCAGGUUUCGCUCAUCUGAACUCCACCGUUAUCUAUCCGUCCUCCCAGCGGCGCCAAACCCAGCGGCGCCAAACCCAGCCCAUCUGAGCCGUCAAACUCCUCCCAGAUGAUCCAGUUUCCCGCCACCAGCAUCUGUCCAGCAGCACUGACCGACUGCUGCCGGACUUAAUCACGUCUCAGUCUGGAAACAGUUCAAACGCAAAAACAUGCAGCACAAAGUUUAAUUCACAUAACGGGGCGGCUAACGAAACAAAACCAGUUCAGGAUAAUUGGAGGCUCCGCCCACACAUGAAUGAUGCCCCGCCCACACUGGUAUCAGGCCACACCCACUGCGUGUUUCACCCACAAUUUCAACAUUUCCCCACUUCCACUUGAAAACAGUUUUAAGGAACAGUAAAUGCUUUUUAAAUCUGGUUCCAGAGUGAAAGCUACAGAAAAAGCUACUUUUGUGAAAAUGCUAACAUAUUAGCAUUAACAUGGGUAGAAACAUGACAACAACAAUGGCGGAUUACAUGUUUGUGGUUGGAAAAAGUUCUGGAAAAGUUUUUCAUUGUGCUUUGUUGUUUUCUUGCUUUUACCGCUCAUGUAGAAGCUUUAUGUGUUCUCCAUGUUUAGCGCUGCCUACAGGUCUGGUGGAGUAAAGACUAGCGGUUUUUUCCAUUGUUUGUGUCUCAGUGUGGAUGGAAGUGGUUUUGAAACCAACAACCUGAUUUAAAAGAAGGAAACGUUCCUGGGUGGGCGGGGCCAAGCGCUGAGCGCUGUGGCAGGAUCCCCGGAUGACCGGACAGUAAGCUGGCUGAGGUGAACACUGAGCCCUGUGGUACACCACAAGAGUACAAACCGCAUUUUCUAAAACUUUCAAGCUUUCAAAUGCUGUGAAAAAGUGUUAAAGUAUGAAACGUUAUUUUUUAGCUCAUAUUUAUUUUUUAAAGUGUAAAUUCAUGUCUUGAGAAUCAGAUAAAUUUAAGGUUUUAUCAUUCUGCGGUUGCUACGUCAUGUUUGUUUACAGAGUUCUCUGCUGCCACCAAGUGGCCACUGACUGAACAGCAGGCUUAAACAUGGCGCCUCUUUGAAUCUUCACGUUUUGGUUUUUACCGCUGUUGCAUCAAACAUGCCACGUUCCACUUGAAGCGAGCGUCACUAUGGCAACACCGACACUGUAAAAGAAUGAUGUGCAUGAAACUUUUAUAAACGUCCGUGUUUCAGUCAGAGGGCGCCGAACAGCCACGUCACUCAGAAAACAACGGUUUUCAUUUAAAGAUUGUAUGUUAUGUUGUAUUACCGCACUGAAUAUAGAAGAUGUUAUUUUCACGCAGCAGAAACGACGCCGACGACUGAACAUGGCGGAGUGACGUCAACAGGAAGUGGGAGGGUCGGUCUUCCUGUUUGCGGUGCUACUAAAUGAGCGUCAGGGCUACAGUCUACCUUCAUGUAAUGUAUUUACUUUCAAUGAAUGUACAGAAGUAAAGAUUUACACCAA